AUGACGGAACAUUUUGUUCUACUGAUUAUGGAGAAUCUGUGCUCUCUUCAAAUGGUUGUCAACUCUGUUCAAACAGGUUUAGAUGCAACGUUUCAAGAAAUUGGAACAUGGUCUCCUGAACUAAUCAGGUGGCAGUUUUUUGCCAGUUCCACAGGAAUGUUCAGAAUUCAUCCUGGAAUAGCACAAGAGAAAUGUUACGACUUUGAUCCCAGAUCAAGAUACUGGUAUGUAUCUGCAAGUACUGGACCCAAAGAUAUCGUCAUUUUAUUAGACACCAGUGAGUCAAUGUCAUUUGUACCGCCAUCUAGUGGUACCUCUGAGACAUUGUUCAAGUUGGCAAAGAGCGCUAUCAAGCAUGUCUUACGAACGUUAAACUUUGUUGAUUACGUUGCUAUUGUCUUAUUCUCAACUGAAGCCAAUCAAUUAACCAUCCAGGGAAAGAGUACACUGAUGAAAGCUACACGUGCCAAUCUGUUUGAUCUAAUGGAAGAGCUUGAUAAAGUGACAUUGGACUUGCAUACUAACUUUGAAGCGGGAUUCCGGCUAGCCUUUGAUAUCUUAGAUAGAUCAGCAAGAGUUGGUAGGACCGCUAACUGUCAUAAAACCGUGCUGUUCCUAACGGAUGGCGCACCGACUAGAGGAGAGACAGAUGCUGCAAAGUUACGUAAUAUUGUACAGCAGUUCAAUACCGACUCAGAUGGAAAUAAAAUUGCAACCAUUUUUACAUACUCUAUUGGACAGUAUGCAGAAACAGCAAUCACAAAGCAGAUAGCCUGCGAUGCGGGUGGUGUAUGGAGCCAAAUAGAGGAUGUUGAGACAUCAAGUUUGACAGAACAGUUGAGUCAAUAUUACAAUUACUACGGUUCAUUACAGAAGGGAGAAACAAACAUCAUGUGGACUGAGCCAAUAAUGGAUGCAUUUGGUGCUGAUGAGGUUGUCACAGCAGCGAAACUCAUUAUUACAAAGGAACCGGGUGAGAUGGGCAGUAACAAUAUUUCUAGUAGCGUCAUUGGUGUUGUCGGAAUGCACAUAUCAGUAGAAGGACUCCUAGCCAAGGACACAUCAUCAUCCCGUGAGGAUUUUCUCACCUUGUUGGAGAGCCUAGCUCUGAAAUGCCCACAGAUAGAAGCAGGUGACAACUGUGCAUUGGAAUCGUUGCGACAGCAUGUCUUCAAAGAUGAUGUGCUGACAUACAGACAGGAUGAAAGUAAACUAUGCAAUCUGAACUCAGCACAGGAGUGUCUGCUUCCAAAUAACACAAUCUGUCAUGACAGAACAUUCCAGUAUGAUGAAUGUGAGCAACAGAAAUUGGAAAAUCAAGAUUACGUGGAAGCGUCAUGUUGUGGCAGUUACGACAAGUCUUGUCCAAUAUCAUCUGCAUGUAGUGUUAGUUUUGCACAGUGGUUACUUUCUAUCUGUGCACUUUCUAUGCUUGUUGGGAGUUAAGCUUUGUGGGUUUUUUUUUUAAUUAGGGG